AUGGUUGAAUCAGAUUCUUUCCUGCACCUUUCCCGUCCUCUGGGCCCCGUCCUGGCGGGGUCUGCACCAACAACUGCUCCCUUGAACGUUGUUAUCCAGCCUCAGGCCCUUUUUUCAAUCCUCGACCACUCCCUUCGCCGCAAUGCUGAUCAGGAACGUGUCAUUGGAACUCUGCUGGGAACCCGGUCUGAGGAUGGCACCGAGGUUGAAAUUCGCAGCACGUUUGCUGUUGGACACACAGAGACAACCGAUCAGGUUGAGGUGGACAUGGAAUACCAGAAGCAGAUGCUUGCCUUGCACCUCAAGGCGAACCCUCGGGAGGUCCUAGUGGGUUGGUAUGCCACCGCGUCCGAGUUGAACACUUUCUCUGCCUUGAUCCAAAAUUUCUACAGCGGUCAGGGCGACGGCACAUGGCCUCACCCUGCUGUUCACUUGACAGUAUCUACCGAAGCCGGAAAGGACAUUGAAACCCGUGCCUACAUCUCCGCUGCUGUCGGUGUGACCGCCGAGAGGGCCGCCGACAGUGCCGCCUUUAUCCCUGUCCCUCAUGAGAUUCGGUACGGUGAAGCGGAGAAGAGCGGCUUGGAGGCUAUUGCUGCUGCUCGGGACUCGGAAGAGCGUUCUACCUCGCUUUUCACCGAUAUUGAAGCCCUGGAGCGUGCGAUUGAGGAGGUUCUUGGUAUGAUCGACCGGGUUUCUCGAUACGUCGAGUCGGUCAUGGACGAGGAGGCUCCCGCUUCUACAGCAUUGGGCCAAUUCUUGCUCAAUGCUCUUGCCUUGGCUCCCAAAGUUGAGCCCGCUGAUAUCGAGCGUGACUUUAACAACCACAUUCAGGACGUUCUGGUGGUCUCUUACCUGGCUAACACCAUUCGCACACAGAUGGAGCUUUCUAACCGACUGGCGACUGCUCAGCUCACUCUGGGCGGCGAGUCCGGUAACGCAGAGCAGGGCGGUGCCCAGCGUAACCAGCGAGGCAAGGGAGGCCGUGGUGGGCAACAGCGCAACCAAGAGCGAGGUGCUGAGGAGAGUCGCGCAUAG